AUGGAGUUACUUACACAGUACGAAAGUUCUACAUCCAGUGAUAGCAAUUUUGAGCUUGACUCUCGGCAAGUUCGACAGGUAUACUUGGUCACUUACAGCCAAGCAAAUACAACAAAAUUUCCGACAAGGCGUUCCUUUGCUGAAGCUGUUGUUCGAUCGUUUACUCAGCGAACCGCGUCCGUAAUUCAAUGGUGCUGUGCCCAAGAAAACCAUCUGCGUUCAGGAGUGCAUUUUCACGUAGCAAUAAAAUUGAAUAAAAAUCAGCGUUGGUUGCCCGCGAAAAGAUAUCUCCAGGAAACAUACGGCAUAUAUGUACACUUUUCAAGCAUCCAUGCGAACUAUUUCACGGCUUGGCGCUAUGUCACAAAAGAUGAUAUCGACUAUGAGGAAAGCGAGGGGCAUCCAGAUCUCACGAAUGCUUGUGAACCACCCACUAUGAAGGCACACGAAGCACUGCGAAAAAAACGCAAAUCUCGUUUAAGACGCGAAUUGGCAACAUCCUCAAACGCUGUUCAGACUGAAAACGAACAUGCUUCCGAGACUGCGAAUGCAUACAAAGCAAAAGAGGGUCGCCCAAGGAAACGUCAACGUCUUACUUCCUACCAAGUCUCGCAAAUAAUUGUGGACAAAAAUAUUCAGGACCGAACGGAACUGAUGGCUUUUGCAAAUAUUCAGAAACGAGAAGGAAAAACUGACCUAGCAGAAUUUGUCUUAAAUCGCGGCACGAAGGUGGUAAACGAAGUGAUUUCUAACGCUUGGGAAAUGAAAAAAGCUGAAGAAACACUACGGAGAAGAAAUACAUCUCGUAUGGACAUAUUGCAAGAAGCUUAUGAGGCAGAAUGCACAUGUGAGACACACGGAGAGUGGGAGAUAUGUGCUUUGGAGAUAUUACAUAAUAAUGACAUACCACCACAUCAAUUUGCCAUGUGUGUAAAAGAGUCUCUCGUGAAAGGGCGAGGAAAGUACAGGAAUGUAAUGCUGACGGGUCCAGCCAAUUGUGGGAAGACAUUUUUAUUUAAUCCGUUAAACAAAAUCUACCACACAUUUACGAAUCCAGCGUCUACCAGUUUCGCUUGGGUUGGAGCCGAAAAUUCUGAAGUGAUUUUCCUCAAUGAUUUUCGAUGGUCCCCACAAAUCAUAGCAUGGCAUGAUCUACUUUUAUUGCUCGAAGGUCAGCAAGUCAACUUACCUGCUCCGAAGUCUCAUUUCGCCAAAGAUGUGACAUUUAAAUCGGACACGCCUAUUUUUUGCACGACUAAACGACCGCUAAACUAUGUUAAGAACGGAUGCGUAGACGAUCGCGAGACCGAAAUGAUGAGUGCCAGAUGGAAAGUGCUUAAUCUCACGCACCAGAUGUCGGAAGACGAACAACGGGAAGUGCUACCAUGUUCAAGGUGCUUUGCACAACUUAUAUUGCAAAAUGAUCAUGAAAAUUAA